UCAAUUUUGAUAUACAAUAAUUAAGUGAUUUGGAUUGAAGAGGGGAAAAAAUGGUUUAUUAGCUCUUAUAAAUAAACUAGUAAAAUUUGUUAUGUCAAAACAGACAGAUGUCAAUGUCAAACAUCAAGUCAUAAUAAUAAGACGCGUCAAAUUGUCAAAAAUUGUGUUACAGAUGUUUAUUUUCAUUAAAAUAAAAUAUUAAUCCAAUAAUACAUUAAUGUCUUUUAUUUUUCGUUAACAUAAAAAUAAAAUAUUCUAUCUCAUAAUUAGCUAUGAUAAAGUUAUAAAAUGUCUUUUCAAGGCGAAGAAACUAUUGUCCAUAUUGACAACGAUCUAUCGAAGGAAAAUAAUUCUUUGUGCGAAUUAACUAGUGACUCGGGGAUCGAGACCCUUGAUUCGUGUUCUGCGGCAUUUCCUAUAUCGUCCGACUCGGAGAUCUCACCCAUCAAACACUUUGAGGAAGCGCCACACGUUAACAGUUCUGAAGUGGUAACUUCUCGUCCAGAAAAUGAAAGUGGUACAUCACUAUCGAUUCCGGUUACUAAUUCUCCUUUCGACAGUGAAAUUAUCAACGUAAUGGGCCAUGACAAGUCGCUGUUCCAUGAAAAUGUCGAAACUGAAAUCUCAUCAACAGUAAAUGAAAAUUAUGAUCUUUGUAAAAACCAUAUCCCACACUCGAAUAUAGACGAUUUAGGAACACAGCCAGAGAGUAACUUGAAUACUAGCAUUUUAGCCACUUCCUCGUCCAGUUUAAAUGAGCAAAAGACAGCAUUGAAUAAUAAUUCAACUAUAUGUAAGUCACCUCUUAGUAAAAGUGUUGAAAACAUAUCAACAGUUGAACAUCAAGCUGAACUGAACACGGAAAAGAUUUUAGCCGAGUUUACAAAUAAGAAAAGUAAAGUUGGAGCUGUACAGAAGAUUCCAGAAACAUCCAUAAAUCAAAAUGUAGAUGUUAAGUACCCAAGAAUACCUAAAGAAAUAUUAUCACAAGAUCUUGGAAGUAUCGUUAAAAAUGUACACGGAAUAUUUUCAUCUGUCAGCGGUAGUCUAAAAAGUGCAUACAAUAGUACACAAAGAGUUGCCGUAUCGAAACCUGUACCUAAAAAUUUGAAACCAUUAACAAAUGGUAAAGUUAUGAAUGAGAUUUUCGAAGAUGAAAUAUCAGAAGAGAAACCUUACGAGAAUGGAGUGGAUAAAGUAAAUGAAAAUGAUGUAACAAAUGUUACUACGAAUUCAUCAGACCAGGGUACAAUCGAUGCAGAGAGUGAUACGAAGAGAGAUUUGUUGAGGUUACAAGUGGAGUCCCUAGAGAGAGUACUAGGGGAGCAGAGGAGAGAGAAUGCUGCACUCAGAGAUAGGCUGAAGCAGCAACUGGAUGAGAUACAGGAGAAAGAUCAGAUGUUUAAGGACUUUGAAAUUAAACUAGAUUUGAUGAACAAGCGUGUGGACCAAGCAGAACGUGAGAAAGACGCAGCGGUGAUGCGGUACGCGAGCGUCGAAUGUGCGGCUAUUGAGGCGAAGCGAGCUGCCGAGAAGGCGACGCAGGCCGAGCGGGCUGCGGCGACAGAGGUGGAACUACUCAAUGGCAAGCUCAAGUCCGCACAUAGCGAGAAACAGAGGAUCUGUCAGCUGUAUGAUGACAAGUGCCAUGAAUUAGCGACCAGCGAGCGGGAAAUGGCGAAAAUAAGAGAAGAAACGCGCGAGCUGGAGGGACGACUCAAGUGGACACAGAGCAAGCUACGCGUCGAGAUGGAUGCUUAUAAGGAAAGUGCAGAGCGUGUUGAGAAACUCAAAGAACAAGUGGCCGAGUUGGAAGUGGCCAAGGAAGCAGCGGUCGCGAACGCCGCGGACACGAUUAGGGCCAAACAGUUGGAAGCUGAAUUAAAGGAGAGUCAAGCGGCACUUAUAAUGUGUCGGCAUGAAAAAGAAGAAUUGGACCGACGGCUGACCACUAUCACACAGCAGUUCGAAGUGUGCAAGCGCGAGCGAGACAGCGCUAGCAGCGCGCUCGCUUCUUCCACCGCUGAGGUGGAACAGCUGAAGCAUCACAACUUGCGACUGGAGGAGGAAGCGGCGGAGCUGGCUGCACUCCGAGCCCAAGCCGCGCUCGCAGACACGCUCAGCGCGCAGUUGCAAAGGGAGUGCGAGCGCGCGCGUUCAGCGGAGGAGGCACGCGCGCGCAGCGCGGCGGCGGCGGAGACGUGCGGGCGGCGCGAGGCGGCCGCGCUCGAGCACGCCGCGCGCCUCACCGCGCAGCACGUGCGCACGCGCGACCGCGCCGCGCAGGCCGCCGCCAAGGUGGCGGCGCUGGCGGCGGACAACUCUUCGCUGCGGGAGCGCGCGGCGGCGCUGCAAGCGGAGGAGGCCCGGCUGCAGGCCGCGCUCGCGGACGAGGUCGCCCGCCGCCACAGCGAGAACAAGCUGCUCGCCAGGAAGGUGGCCGAGUUAACAGAAGAGGUAGCAGAAGUAAGCAAGAAACUGGAAUGGGAGAAGGGAGAGAACGGAGUUAUUAAGAAGAAACAUGCCAGUGCCAUAAAAGAAUUGAACCGAGAGUUACAACGUGCUUUGAAGCGCUGCGAGCAGCUGGAAGCGAAGUUGCCGCCGCCCGACGCGCCCUCCACAAGAACAGGUUCAGUGUCGUCACUGAGUAGCGGCGAGAACGCGCCGGCAGUUCCUGAGGAUCGCCUGCACGAUACACAGACGGACGGACUGCCCGACAUUCAGGUCCGUGAACCAGACAGACAGACACUGAUCGAGCGGAUCGUGUCGUUGCAACGCGCGGCCGCCCGGCGUGCGGAACGCUGCGAGUUCCUAGAGGAGCACUCGCGGCAGCUCACGGCCGAGUUACGAACCAAGUCGCGACUGCUGCGCCAUCUGCUGUGCUCGCUGCCCGCCGGCACUGUCACUUCCGACCGCAGCGAUAUGAACAAGCCAAUACCAAAAUUAACUAAGAAGGAGAUAGCCCGACUGGGCGGCGGUGCUAUGGCGGCGGUGUGGGGCGGGGCCACGGACGGUAUGACCCUGGAGCUGUCCCUGGAGAUGAACCGUCGCCUGCAGGCCGUGCUGGAAGACACGCUGCUCAAGAACAUCACACUCAAAGAAAACAUGGACACACUGGGCGCAGAGAUUUCAAGGUUAAAAGAACACAAGACUAAUACAGAAACCAAAUAAAGUUAUGUUAACAUAAUUAAAUGUUUAUUUAAAAAUAAAAUUAUAUGACAGUCACAAAAACCUACAUAGAUGUCGCCCUAAGGUGUUUAAUUACAGUAUUUAUCCGCUAGAGCAAUUUUGUAUUACGUUUUGGCGCUACUAGUGUAUGAGAUGGAAUGAAUGUGCUACCGGGUGCUCUUUUUCCUUUAGCGGAAUUGUUUAAACAAAACUGAAUCUGAUGUUAUUAACCAAAUUUGUUUAUUUAGUUAUCUUUAAAUGUCCCAGUACCUAUUCAAUUAUACAAAGACAUGUAGAUACCUAAGCAAUUAUAUAUAUAUAUAUAUAUAUAUAUAUAUAUAU